AUGGACGCCCCCGAGGACGAGCUUGACAUCAAGCUGCAAAAAAUCUCUGGCGAUCUAAUCGCAGACUUUAACAAAUCAUUGUUACCGUUCCUCCGGAAGCAGGAUGGCGCUGGAAAGUCGCCCGUCCGUUCUCAUGUCCGCACCCGGGAGGCGACUCGCUUGACCGCAUCACUUCUUGACCCCUUCCAGGAGCUACCACAGCUCCUCGAUCCUCACCUGUCAAAAUGGAUACCCAUCCUGGCCGAUGCAUUUCUAGAGUACCAGCUGACCCGACGGCAUACUGCCGCAAUGCCGAGUCGCUCUGAGCUUCUGAUGCCGCUGCCACGGGCUAUCUCCAAGAUAAUCUACACCUUUUGCAAGGUCCGCGGCGAGAAGGUCAUCGUGCGCUUCCUCAACAACGAGGCUAAGUACCUCGAACUACUGCUCUCAGCCCUGGAGGAGGCCGAACAGGCUCAGGAGCCCCAUAACCAGUGGACCUGGGAAGAGCGCUACGUCGUGCUGCUGUGGCUAUCGCAUCUCAUGCUUGCCCCGUUUGACCUCUCCACGAUCUCAUCGCACGAGGUUGAGGAAGAGGAGCUUGUCCGCAUCCCCGGCUUCGAGUGGCCAGCCGACCUGCCAAGCAUCACCACACGAGUCCUCCCCUUGGCUAUCAAAUAUCUGGCAUCGCCAGGCAAGGAGCGGGAUGCGUCCAAGGCGCUACUAGUGAGGAUAUCCAUGCGCAGAGACAUGCAGCAGUUGGGUGUGCUAGAUGCUCUGGUUCGCUGGGCUCUUGCCGCCUUGCGGCCAACUAGGGACGAGGAGCGUACGCCAUAUCACUACAUUGGCGUGCUCUCGUUUCUCGCUGGAAUUCUGACGAUAUCAGCCGACACUUCAGACAUGGACCAGUACUUGUCGACAAUUUUCUACGCCGUGCAUGGCAUGGCUACGGAGCAGACUAAUAUUGGGUCGGCUCUGACCCGCAAAACUAUAAUCAAGGUAGUCAGGGCCAUCGCUGUUCUGCUCCUCCGUAGGCCAUUGCGGGACAUGGAGAGUUUGGAGAUGGUGGAAACCACGAUUGGUUUUCUGUUGGACAACCUUGGAGACAACGACACUCCCGUCCGCUUCGCAGCAAGCAAAGCACUCAGUAUCAUUGCACUCAAGCUGGACUCCGAUAUGGCUUCGCAGGUCGUUGAGGCCGUCCUUGAGGGUCUCAACAAGAACGUCUUGCACGUUAAGGAUCGCAACGACCCUUCUACUCCUCCGAGAAAGGACUUGAGCGCUGUUGACGCUCUUGAGUGGCACGGUUUGAUGUUAACCCUAUCUCAUCUGCUGUACCGAAGGUCUCCCCCGGCAGAAAAUCUCGCAGGUAUUGUCCAAGCUCUGAUGAUGGGUCUCUCCUUCGAGAGAAGGAGCGCAUCCGGCCACUCGACGGGCACAAAUGUUCGUGACGCUGCGUGCUUUGGCAUCUGGGCGUUGGCGAGGAGGUACACAACGGCUGAAUUGCUCGCUGUGCCAACCCCUCGUCCUGACACAUCCAUCAUCCAGAUCUUGGCAAUUGAGCUUAUCGUGGCAGCGUGUCUGGACUCGUCCGGAAAUAUUAGGCGAGGGUCUUCGGCUGCUCUUCAAGAGCUCAUCGGUCGCCAUCCCGACACGAUCGAGCACGGGAUCUGGGUUGUCCAGACAGUGGACUAUCAUGCUGUGGCCCUGAGGACACGGGCGCUCCAAGACGUUGCUUUGGGUGCGACCAAGCUCUCCAGGAGCUACGGAGAAGCGAUCCUAGAUGCGCUACUUGGCUGGAGAGGCGUUGGAGAUGUAGACAUGGCAUCGAGAAGAGCAGCAGGAACCUCGUAUGGCCGGAUCACGGCAGAACUAGCAUCCACUGACCCGAAUCCUGUCAACAGCUUGGCUAAGUCCGUAUCAAUGGUUCUAGAUCGUCUCAAAUCACUGGAAGCUCGGCAGGUUGAGGAACGCCACGGGCUGUUCCUGAGUUUUGCUGCAGUUCUAAAUGCCCUUCCAGGAGCCAUGCAGAAGUGGGACGCAGCUGUGGACAAGUUCGUCCGCCUUUCCAUGGACGCUCUCCUGUGGAUUCUUGAAGACUGCAACACCAAGACCUAUCGUCGUCCGGAGCUCAUCGAUGAGGCGGUGAGCCGGCUGAUCAUCUCUUCGCUCCCUGUGUUGCAGGCAGCGACUUCCAGCACGGAGACCUUACUGUCUGGCCCAUCGCUGAAAAAUAUGACUGGCCCGGAUUUAGUAGCCCUUAUUAACGCGGUAGAACAAAGACCCGAGCCUCUCAGCAGAAUCGUUGCCCUUAUCAACUCCAGCCUGCAAAGGGCGUUGGUGUGGCAAGAUCUGGAUAUCAUAGCCGCCGCAUCACAGGCAGCGGUUGUUCUCAUGAUAUUCAGCACCGCUACGGAACGUGAUGAAAUUAUUAGAGGUUGGACGGAUGCCGCUCGAGCACGACAAUCGUCCAAGACGCGAACCACCAGUGGCCAUUUUUCUGCUCUGGCCGCGGUGUAUCCGAUCGCCUCGACACUGGCUCUGGAAGAGGACAAGAGCCUGAUAUGCGAUGCCAUCGUGGAGAGAUGGAACACUGACAAGCAGACGGACACCCAUGCCUGCAUCUUGCAAAGCCUAGCCAACAGCGAGUUGCUCAAGCAGAACCUCAGCGUCUUCCUCGAGCUUGUGGCUGAAGGCCUAGACGAUUACACUACAACUGCUCGAGGCGACGUUGGCUCUCAUGUCCGUCUGCAAGCUAUUCGAGCCACCAAGUCACUCUGGGAGAGACUGGACGACCUUCCAGCCAACAACAACCUUACCUCUGGACUCUUCUUACGUGUCCUACGGCUAGCAGCUGAGAAGCUCGACAGGGUCAGGGUGGAAGCACAGGCAGCUCUGGCCGUGACACUGAAGCCAAGCUACUCGACGGAGCUCAGGAGGUUAACAUUCUCCUCCAAAGCAUACUUCUCAUUCUUGCUUGACCUCCUCCGAGAGGAUUGGCUGCUCCCGGCUUUCUCCGGAGCAAAGGCCGACACGGAGGGAUGGGUGGACAGUUUGAUGGCCGGAUUUGUGUCGUCGGCUGACACUGGAAAUGAAGAACUGGUGAUCGCCACCCGGGCCGCGUUGGCUGAGUUCUGUGAGAGAUCGACAGCCAACGUCGAGUUGAUCUGCACAGCUCUGGCCCGAAAUCUCAAGGCCUGGCAGGGUACAGACCGGGUACUCGUCCCGACGCUUGAAGUUGCAGCGUUCCUUUUCCACAUUGGCGUGUUUGCCCGCUGCGGCGGUGUCAACUACAAGAGCAUGUGUCUGCAAGUCCAGAAAGCUUGUUACAAGACAGGCAACGUCCGCAAGAUCGAGGCAUGCAUCAGGAUGUACGGGGCCAUCGCAGAACUGGGCCGGAACGCCGUCUCCACGACCACCGAGACCGACGAUGCCCAAAAGAUCAAAGCCGGCGCCCGGGAGGCUCGAAUCCGGCUUGGAGCCCUCAUGUUCCAUCCCUGGCCGAGGGUAAGGGCCAUGGUCGUUGACGAGGUCUGGAGUCUCCAUCAUGAUGAUCCGGCUGUCGAAGAUCUCAAAGGCACUGAUUGGGGACGAGCAGAAAAGUCGAAGAUAAAGCGAUUGGUCGAAAUGCUUGGUUUGGCGUGA